AUGCUUUCAUACGAGAACCGACCAGCUAUGGCUCAACAAACACCCCCAACCUCCGACCACAUACCCAUCUCUUCGCCAUCCAGCAAUACUCUUACCAAUGGCACACGAUCGAAGAACACCAACCAGCCCAAGACCGAACACAAUCACAUCUGGCUGAUCACUGGACCAGCAGGAUGUGGAAAGAGCACUGUAGCACAGUUCCUGGCCGAGAGCAUGAAUCUACCCUUCGUUGAAGGCGACGAGUUCCACCCACAAUCAAACGUCGACAAGAUGUCGAAAGGAAUUCCCCUCACCGACGCCGACCGCUGGGACUGGCUCACACGCCUCCGUGAAGAAGCCGUGAACAAAAUUUCUUCUGGCUCGCAAGGCGUCGUCCUCACCUGCUCGGCCCUGAAGCGCAAAUACCGCGAUGUCAUCCGGGUAGCAGGCUUCUACUCGCAAGGAGCGCGAGUUCACUUCGUAUACCUGCAUGCGCCGGAAGAAGUGCUCGCUGCGCGGGUCGGUGCCAGAGCUGGCCACUUCAUGGGCGCAAAUAUGGUCCAUAGCCAAUUUAGCAUAUUGGAGGCACCUGGAGAGAAGGAGACGGAUGUUAUCAGCGUGGAUGUGAGUGGCUCGAUAGAACAGGUCGAGGAAGAAGCUUUAGCGAGGAUUCAAGAAGCGGUCAGGUCCGAGCUGGUGAAGGAUUCGUAA